AUGUCAGAUCAUGAAAAUACCCACAGUGAGCUCGUCGGCGCUUCUUACAACUUCAACCAGGAGCAGGCUGGCCAACGCUUGGUUCAGCAGCUGUGUCAUGCACGAGGCACCAAACUUAUCGCUCCGCUUCUUGCUCAUGCUCAUAGCCCUGCCGUUGAGGAGCUAGAGUAUGAUAGAGCACGGCACAAACACGUCAAGCCAGAGCAGGUCGAGCAGUUCAACCUCACUCUUCUCUACUCCGACUGGCUGCGUGUGCCAUCAAUUCUGCCAAACUUUGAAGCGCCAGUGGUAUCAUCCAUGUCAACUGCCAAUCACUCAGAACUACCUUCUUCCGCUAAGGGAGACCAAGCAAUGGACGCUAUGGAGCAUGAAAACACGCCAACGAUAGCGAAGAACAAGCUUCCGACAACGCCAAUAGUAAGCCGCGAUAUUCUCAUUCCGAUUACUCCCGCUACCACCGUGAGCAGGGCUGCUUCCACGAUCGACGAGGUUACAUCCCCCGCAAUGGUCUUCGAAAGUGCGAAGCAGAGCACUGCAAACAAUGGUGAGAACAAAAAGACUUCGCACAGGACGAGGAAGAUUGUGAAGCGCAUCAAGCCGCCGGAUGUCAAGGCAACGAAAUUAUCCUACAAGGAAGGUACCUCCAGGGUUCCCCAGAGCAUCUCGGAUCUUGUGGCAGCGAUAGAAGCUUUGAAGCGCAGUUCGUCCGGACUUCCGAUUCGUGCGCCACUGAGAGUUGACGAGAAGUUCCGGGCUCACUUCGAUCGCAGCGUGGGUCGCUUGAGGUCAGAGUCAGCACUAAUGGAGUGGUAUGGAGAUACUAGACUGUUCUCGCAGCAGUGGUGGAAGCACCUUGUGGCAGAGAGACAGCCAAGGAGAACUUGCCCUUCGUAA